AAUUUGAUGUUGCAGUGAAUCAUGUUAAGUUACAUCAUAAAAAGAAAGUCCCCAUGGAUGUUCCUACCAGAUGGAACUCCACUUAUUCAAUGUUUGAAGCUGCAUUAGAUUUGAAAACUGCAUUCCACCGCCUAGGGCAAAUUGACAAACAAUAUAAGCACAAUCCUUCUGAGGAUGAGUGGAAUGUAGCAAAUGUGAUUUGUGGGUGCUUGAAGAUUUUUUUUGAUGCUACAUCUCACUUUAGUGGUACCACUUUUCCUACUUCAAAUGUGUUUUUUCCCGAUAUUUGUCAUAUUCAACUUGAAAUGAAAAAAUGGGAGCAAAGUGAGUAUGAUUGCAUUCAAUUGAUGGCUGGUCCAAUGAGAGUGAAAUUUCAAAAAUAUUGGGAAGAAUGUUAUUUGGUUUUAGCAAUUGCAGUGGUUCUUGAUCCAAGAUUUAAAAUGGACUUGGUGGAAUAUUACUUUGGGCUUAUUUAUGGUGCUGAUGCUAAUAAGCAUAUUCAGAGGGUCCGUAAUGGUUUUGUUGAUCUUUUUUAUGAGUAUAGGAGUGAUUCUUCUGAUUCUAUGAGUAGCAUUGCACUUGUUUCUGAAAAUAGUAGCUCAAGUGGUAGUCAAUUGCUUGUCGGUUCUUCGAAACAAGAAAGUUUGGCUACUUUUCAUGCGUGGUAUGCCCAAGAACGUGCUUCUAAUAUUCAUGCCUAUCAAAAAUCAGAGGUGGAGCAAUACUUGGAGGAGUUGGUGUUUCCAAGUAAUGAGAGCUUCAAUAUUCUACAUUGGUGGAAAUUGAAUAAAGCAAAAUUUCCUACUUUGGCAAGGAUGGCUCGUGAUGUUUUAAGUGUUCCUGCUACUACGGUUGCAUCAGAGGUGGCGUUUAGUGUAGGAGGUAGGGUGAUUGAUGAGACACGUGCUUCAUUACUUUCAGAUAUUGUGGAGGCCUUGAUCACUUGCAAUGAUUGGAUUGAAUCAACCAAAAAUAGAAAUGUAGAAGAAUGCUGACAUGAGUAGAUGGAUUGAAUUGAAUCACUUGAAGCAG